AUGGAGCAAGAGCUGCGCUCCCUCUUAGCUAGCGAGGAGGGAGUCUCAGUGCGAGAAGCAUCAGCCUCGCGAUGCAGGCCUCGCAGCUGCGCACUUGGGACCAGCCUAGUUCUACUUCUACUGGGUUUCGUGGGUGUGUGGGCUCACCAACGCAGUGUGCUGAACAACCUCCGCUCGGGUGCGGUGCAAGAAUCUGCCUCGAUGUUGGUGGAGGCUCCGAAUCCUCCGAAGCUGAAGCCGUUGGAUUGCAACACCGGAUUUCCGAUACAGGUCAGAAAUGACAGAAAGGAAUCUUGGGACUUGGAGACCCUUGACGUGCGUUCUGGCAAGUACCAGAAGCUGGCAUCGAUCCCAAGGAGCAACCCCAAGCUUCACCAACUCAAUGCUUGCGCAAUCAACCCGAAGGACGACUUUGUGUAUUGCUGCGUGAUGGAACUCACGGCAGGACGAACGCUUGCCGAAUACUGGGUGGUUCGGCUUGGCAUUGUCGGUCUGGAAUCGCAGCAAGCAGGAAUUGAAUUCGUGGCGCAGCUUCCCAAAAAGAUUACAACAUUUGAAGCCGGUGCCUUCGACUUGGAUGGGAACUUCUGCACAGGCACACAACGAUUGGUCUUCUUGAAAGAUUUGCACACGGAGGCAGGCAAGAGCUUUGAAUCGCGACAUGAGGCCUCUGACAGGACCAGCACCCCAGCUUGGAGGAAUGGUGGCUGCGCAAGUGGAGACUGGGCAUUCAUGUUACAUGGGGACCUCAAGCUCUUGUGGUUGGCUCAUGAGCGGAAGUUCAAGACUUUGGAUAUAAGCGGAGGGCCCGACGUCCAACCGAAGUGCCAGACAUGGACCGCCAGGGGCGCGCCAGUUCAAAGGAAGUACGGUGCAGCAUGGACAUUUACAGAUGCAAAAGGCAAUCACCGCGUGUACAUGGCCACCAACGACAAAAGCCGCGGACAAAUUGUUGCCAUCGAUCCCAGCUCACUUGACACUAAAGCUUGGACAGUCGGCUUGGAGAAAAUGCCAGACGCCGAAGCAAUCGAGAGGUGGAACGAUGGCGUGAGCUGCAUGAAUGCACCUCCCCCAUGGCCUACGAAAGAAGCAAAGGCCCCGGAGCCCGCCCCCAAGGCUGCCAAGGCUGGCUAUGAGUGGGUUCUCAUGGGCGAGAGCACAGUCUGCCGAGCUGACCAGGGAGAUCAUGAUACUCUGCCUGACACGCCAAGCAUCACCCUCGCUCAUGAUUGCCACUAUGGGCCAUGCAAGACGCUUGGGGCCCAAAUUCCUAUGACGGUGAAGGAGUGCCAGAAGCGGUGUGAGGACUCUCCUGGCUGCAAUGCUGUGGAGAUCCGGAAGUCUGAGGACCGCUGCGAGAUCCUGGAGCAGACGACGAAGUGGUUUCAAAGCGUUGCGGCGAAACCUACGGUGUCUGGCCCACCAGAUUUCCAAUGCUGGUUCUACAAACCAUCCUGCGAUUCGCUCAAGGCCUACCAGGAUAAUGGUGCCAAGUCGGAGACCUUCAGCCACGCAUGGAGCAUCUGCUUCCCGAGCUGA